AAGUAACGCAAAAAUGACAAAAAUGACCGCUGUAUCAUAUCUUGACGUAUAAAUUUGCGCUGUUUUGUAUUUAUUCUACUUUUUUUCGUUGUAUGAAAUAAAAGUUCAUCAUGUCGGUGCGUUGUCCAGAUCUUCCGUUUUUGCCUGGAUAUUCGUUCAAUCCCAAUAUUGGGAAAACGCAAUAUGGCCGCACCCCUAUUUUCGGGUUUAUUGGGAAAAAUAACAGGUCGCUUGUUGAAAAAGUGAAGCCCAACAUGUUUGGACCUCUUUCUGACAAGUUUCCCUCCAUUUACCCUCCUGGACAAUCCGUGGAACUACCUGGCUGGAUAGUUUUUGACAAACAGAUUUUAUGUUUUGACGCAUAUUUUCAAGAGACUCUGCAAGAAGUACCUGGAUCGCCAUUUCAAGUUCGAAAAGUAAAACUUUACUAUUUUUUGGAGGAUGGUACUAUUCAAGUGAUCGAACCUAAGGUUGAAAAUAGUGGAGUGUCACAAGGAACUCUGAUUUCAAGACAAAGAAUUCGUAUUCCCGCACCAAUGGACGACAAUUUCUACGAAUUGAUCGAUUUUAACAUCGGUCGCGAAGUGGAGCUAUAUGGGAAAGUGUUCAAAAUCACCAAUUGCGAUCACUUCACGCGCACGUUUUUGAACAGAUGCGGAAUAUCGGUACCGGAUCCUAUAAUGCCACCCGCUGAUCCGUAUAUGGAUAUACGCUCCCACGAUAGAGAUGCUAUGCAGCCCAAGAAACCUAAUAGGAACAGAGAUACCCUAGGAAAAUUUUUGGCAAACGAUAAAAAGGUUCUACAUUUUACUGCAUACUGGGACGACCAAAAUACAGAAUACGGUUAUAUGCACCAUUUAGAAGUUCGAUAUUAUCUAGCUGACGAUACAAUAGAGAUUAAAGAAUUACAAACUGAGGCAGGUGGUGAACCAAGUUUCAUGUUCUUGCGAAAAGGAAAAUUACCGAAACGAUAUAAAGAACUGCCACCAGUAGGUAGCAAUUCAAAUUAUACCGUUUUAAACGUCUUGGGAUCGGCAUUGACAAACAGAAGAUACAUUGUAGAUCCUCUUGAUUGUGGAAGACAGAACAUUGAGUAUUACGAUGAGAGAGAUUUGAGUAUAGGAGCUGUAAUCAACUGUUACGGCCGUAAACUGGUACUCACAGACUGCGACUCGUUCACCAAAGAGUACUACGCUACCAAGUACGGCAUCAGCGAAUUCAAACCCAUCGCCGAGCCGAAGAGCAACAAGGACUUCGUUAAUAUACCCCUACCAAAGGACAGGGAACUACCUCCUUGGAACGGGUUCGGCACGUACGAGGAUUCCGCGCAGAACUGCAUCACCGUGGAGCCCAAACCGCCGCAUAAGGAUUUCAAAAAGUUCCUUUUAUACGAUAGUUUUGGACUAGAUUCACACAUACUACGCUUCGAAGCCAAAAUGAAGUCAAAAAUACCAGAAAAUUGCACGCGCAAUUUUAUAAUUAGUUAUUUCUUGACGGACGACAGCCUGUCCAUUUUUGAAGUGGCCAAAAGAAACACAGGGUUUGCAUCGACAAUGUUCGCAGCAAGAUCGAAGGUUCAACUGGCCGGUCAAAAAAUAUUUACCAGUAAACCUCCUUUGUGUUAUACUCCACAACAUAUGUUUGUUGGAGCCACACUGAUAAUAAACGGAUUCACCUUUAUACUAACCAACGCUGACGAAUAUGCUUUAAGAUAUAUGGAACUAAAUUGUGGACAGUUUCCUAAAGCUAAUUUAAAACGAAUUAUGGAAAAGGUUAAAGAAAAACUAGAACCGAUUUAUAAAGAUUUUGUAGCAGAAAACAUGCCUGUGGAAAAUUCAGUUAUAACCUACGAGCGGCUUAGGGACAAGUUAUGUAGAGUGAUGGGAGAUGAUUUCACCGAACACGAGAUGAUAACUAUAGCCAGAGGAUUUUCGGCUAGUUGUUAUAAAGAAAAAUAUAAUCGAGAAAAAAUCAGGGCCAUAGCACUAACAGAACUGAAAAGAUUCCUGUGGGACGACCUGGACCGCUUAAAGGAAUAUUUCAUCCACAAUGAUAACGCUAAAACUGGCAAACUGACCAAACAGGAAUGUUACACUGUCAUGAAGGGUUCCAGACUUCCAUUUGAUAUUCAGCUAAUAGAGAAAAUUCUUGAGGUGCUUCCUAAAGACGACGAUUGUAAGAUACGGUAUGAAGAUAUUUUACAGUUUUUGGAUAGAUCUCGAUGUCCGCUUCCUGAUGCCAUGCCUUUAAAUAUUAAAAAUGAUCUGUGGUGGGGAUCAGAACCCCAACCAGAAGCCGGAAGACUGAUUGAUUGGUGUGCUUUCAACAAAUACCUCGACUUGGAAUCGACAUUCCGAGACACCGUUGAACCGGAUUCGGUUAAAGCAUUAGAAAAUAUAAAAAAUACAUGACAACUAACAAUGUAAAAAUUAUAUAUUUUAAUAUACUUCUAUUAUAUAUUA